GUUGUGGUUAGAAGUUCUAAUAAAAGUCCUGCAUGUGUUGCUAAUGUCAGUGUGAUUUGACUGUAAGUUAGUUGAUAGUUUGGGAUUGUUUGGGUUUGAACACAAUGGCGCUGUGGGUGAGAUUCCUGUUUAAACACAGAGAUCCAGCAACAUGUUUCUCUUAUGCACGGUCUUUUACAAAUGGGACCAAGACGUUAUGGCAGAACAGUACUCCUCCCCAGGCAGUUUUCUUCCCUCCAUCUGAAGGAGUGAUGCUUCCUCCUGGUACUUUUAAAAACAAAGUUGCCUUCAUCACAGGAGGAGGAACAGGGCUGGGUAAAGGCAUGACCACUGCGCUGUCUGCACUAGGAGCAAAGUGUGCUAUAGCCAGCAGAAAGUUGGAUGUUCUGAAACAAACCGCUGAGGAAAUCUCAAAACAAACUGGCAAUGAGGUUUAUGCAUUGCAGUGUGAUGUAAGAGACCCAGCCUCUGUAAAAGCCGCUGUAGACCAGCUGGUCAGUGAUGUUGGACUGCCUGAUGUGGUGAUUAACAACGCUGCAGGGAAUUUUAUUUCUCCCUCUGAAAAGCUCUCAGCUAAUGCCUGGAGGACCAUUACAGAUAUUGUUCUGAAUGGCACAGCAUACAUCACUCUGGACAUUGGAAAGCGUCUGAUCGCAGCAAAGAAAGGCGCUGCAUUUCUGGCAAUCACAACAAUCUAUGCUGAGAGUGGCUCUGGAUUUGUCGUGCCAAGUGCUUCUGCCAAGGCUGGAGUGGAGGCACUGUGCAAAUCUCUGGCAGCAGAGUGGGGAAGAUAUGGAAUGAGAUUCAAUGUUAUUCAACCUGGGCCAAUUAAAACCAAGGGUGCUUUCAGCCGCUUAGAUCCUGCAGGUCAGUUCGAGCAGUCGAUGAUUGGGAGGAUUCCUGUGGGGAGGCUUGGUACACCGGGUGAGAUUGCCAACCUGGCUGCUUACCUCUGCAGCGACUAUGCCAGCUGGGUGUCGGGUGCGAUCAUCAGGAUGGAUGGGGGGGAGUAUGUGUUCAUGUCUGGUGAAUUUAAUCCACUUAGUAAGGUCACAAAAGAGCAGUGGGACGUAAUGGAGGCCUUGAUUAGAAGCACAAAGGAAUCGUAGUAUGGAGAACUGCUGUAUGUCUCAGCUAGGGUCUUUUUCAUUAAUCAGUGGACAUUACACAGCAAAUAAACAGCAAGAUUAGUUGUCAGUUAAUGUAGAUAGAAUUAACUGGUCACCCACAACAUUCAAGUGCAAAACAUGAGUAGAAUCAGGACUGUGAUGUGUUUACUGUGCUGCAGUAAAGCCACAUCCAAAAUAAUCCAAUAAUAACUUCAUGCAUUUUCACAAUAGAUUAAUGUGAUUAUUUUAUUUGCAUUUAUAUCUAAUUAAAAAACAGUUGAUGCAUUUUUUCUCCUGUUGUAUAUUCUUAAUAGCCACCAAAUGUCCUUUGAAUGAAUUAAAAGUAUUAAAAUGAUUAUACAUUUUUGAAAUCAUGAUGUCCCUGGAGAAACAUACAAUAAAAAAGAUAAAUUAUUGAUUCGGAUGAGGUAUUAUAUCUAUUUAAUGGGUAAAUUCACUAAUAAUACACACUCUUGCUUAGUCAUACAUGAUGCUAUGUUUUGCUUCUUCAGUACUAGAGAAUGGCUGAUUAUAAUAACCUCACUUUAAUAGUGUAAACAAGUAUGUUUUGGAUGGCACAGUGGCUUGGUUGGUAGCACAGUCACCUCACAGCAAUAAUGUACUGGGUUCGAUUUCCAGGUGAACUGGUCUGGGUUCAUUCUGAGUUUGCAUCUCCAGUUCACCUAACUUACACAUGUCUUUGGAUUGUGGGAGGAAAACAGAGCUCCCCUAGGAAGGUAGGUGGGUAGCACUGUCGCCUCACAGCAAGAAGGUACUGGGUUCUAUUCCUAGGUAGACUGGUCUGGGUUCCUUUUGUGUGGAGUUUGCAUCUCCAGUUCAUCUAACUUUUACAUGUCUUUGGAUUGUGGGAGGAAACUGGAGCUCCUACAAUCCAAAGACGUGUAAGUUAGGUGAACUGGAGAUAAAAAUUGCACCUUAUGGUGUUUGACAUUAGGUUUAAACUGAUUAAUCAUGUGUAACCUUUUACUAUGUGUCCUGUAAUGAAUGUAACCAAAGUGUAAAACAUGAUGUUAAAAAUCCUCAUAAAAACUACUAUGGUUUAACUUUUCA